GGUGGGAGAGGAGGCCUGACCCUCAGCAAAGUCCCUAGGGGUGUAUUGGUAUGGCCCCCGUCACUACUACUUCCUAUUGAAGAGGUGCCAAGUCCUUGCCUUGUUCUGGUGCCGCACUCUGCACAACUGGGAAGCUGAGCUGCACACACCAGUAGCCGUCACAUUCUACAGGCAGGCGCAACACUGUGAGCGAGUUAGUGCCCAGUGGUUAGGCGGCACCGCCUGGGUGAGUGCUAGUGUGUUUGCACAGCUGCCCACUGUCAGCUCCCUGCCUUUCUCUGCUUCUACCUUACUUAAAUACGCUCCAAUAGACUGCGCACGUAGCGCAAACGCUCUGCGCCUUGAUUCUCUUACCCGCCAUAUUUUGACGCCCUGGGAUGUAAGUGGAGCAGACACAAGUUGCGCAUUUGAUGUUCCGCCAGGAGGGCAGAAGCGGAGCGCUGGAGGCUGUGCUGAGGGAGGACGGUAGCAUGUCCCGUUACUCGGACUGGCUCUAUGGAGGGGUAGAUCCCAACAUAGCGGGCAAUGGGGGCGCGGAGUGCGCCUCUUUUCUUCCUCCGGGACAGCGCUUGCUGGAGAGCCUGGUGCUGCUGAUCGUGUCCCUGCUGGAGAUCGGGGUGUCCCUGAGGAAGAUCCUGAGAGGCAGAGCUGGAGAGUGGGAGCCCAGUGGUACCCCGGCUGUGCGCUGUGAGAGCCUGGGCAAGAACCUGCUGUUGGUGGCCAUGUGCCUGACCUUUGGAGUGGAAGUUGGCUUCAAGUUCGCCACCAAGACUGUCAUCUACCUGCUGAAUCCAUGCCAUGUGGUUACUAUGCUGCAGAUUUUUCUCUUGGCCUGCCCACCUUGUAAACUGGCCACUAUAAUAUUCAGGCUGCAGAUGCACAUGUUAAAUGGGGCCCUUCUUGCUUUGGUGUUCCCUGUGCUAAACACUAGAUUGCUUCCAUUUGAGGUUGAGGUCUACUAUGUCCAACAUGUCAUGCUUUAUGUGGUGCCCUUCUACCUACUGCGAAAAGGAGGGGUGUACACGCCAGAGCCUAUGAGUGAUUUUUGGUGGGCUAUUCUGGGAACCGGACUCAUGUUUUUCUACCACUUCAGCUUCCUGCAAAUCUUGGGCCUGGUCACUGAAGUAAAUCUGAACAACAUGCUGUGCCCAGCUAUAUCUGACCCCUUCUACGGGCCGUGGUAUCGUAUCUGGGCAUCAGGGCAUCAAACUCUCAUGACUCUGAUCCACGGGAAGCUUAUUGUCUUCUUGUUCUCCUGUGGUCUUCCAAGAUGGAAAUUCUUUAUGGAUCUAUUUCCAUUGCCUGGGAAGAAAGUGGACUGAAGGGGCAUUUCAGGAGGCCAACAUGAGGGCUGAGACUCUUCGCUGCCAAAUGCUGCCUCUGGCUUUAAAUAGAAUUAAAAGGGCCUAACAUUUCUUGUUCCAGUGUUACAGACUUGUGUUAGUAUAAGUGACCUUACUGGAAAGUGCUCCAUGCCCUCCCUAAUGGAAACAUCUAUGUUGUUUGUGGUUGGCAACCAAUUGCUGAUACCUCUGAGAAAAUAAGCAGCUAGCCUAAGGCAAGAGAAACUGGUGGGUUAUGCGCAGAAGGAGUGGCUCACUAUCACACCAGUUGUCCCGCUGAACCUGCUUCACUCACCCAUACAGCUUAGUGGGCAAUAUCCACAUGGUUCAGUAUUGAUCAGGCAUUUUCUGUCUUUGCCAAACAGCAUUUCUCUUGCUAUGUCAGAAAAUAUGAAAAAAAAUCAAUGUUUUUAAAUCUUUAAAGGGCAUAUGUUUGGACGUAUUUUAUAUUCAGGUAGGUUGUGUGGUGGUGCCUGGUCUUCUAAUGUUACACUGUAUGUGUUUGUAUUUCAUAUAUAAUAUUUUGCAUACGUGAAACUUCUAACAUUGGUAUUUAGUAUAAAAACACUCCCCACAAU